UUAGGUUUGCGGACCAGAAAUGCACAACAUCAAAGCCACAUGGCCGAGGCCAUUCAUUCUUUUCUUCUGGACUUCACGCCUACUCAUAGUAAAGUUAUCAAAGGGAACGACACCCGAUACUUUUCGGGGGGUGAGGUGGUUGCCUACCUACUGGACAAGUCGAUUCUGACGAAGGAGAAGCGUGCGAAGGAAGUGGCUCAGAAACUGCUCGCCACCCGACAGAUUCUCUACCUGGACACGGGCAUCAAGGAUACGCGUUUCGAUGUGAGUGCGCUAUAUGUUCUGGCACGAGACGUGCGAGAGGAGCGGAAUCUGAUGAAGCUACCCUACCAGUCUGAGGGGCUGACCCCCAUAUUCAAUCCGUACGGGCAAGACGGCCUGGAACUGUUUGGGAUCGACUGGAUCACCACCCGUAUAAUCCUGUGCAUGCUCAGCGGAUUUCUGCUGUUUAGAUUGGUGAUGGCGGACUGGUAGAGAGUGGGGCAGUGUCUGUCUGUAUGUAUAUGUAUGAGCAGAGCACUUUGCUUAUCGAAGCAAUUGCAUAGAGUGCGAUGGGAAGGGCACGUUUGAGCUGGACGAAUGAAGGUGUGCAACUGGCUCUAAGCGCAAACGCAGAGGACGUGGAGAGGAUAAGCUUGAUAGCGUGUGCAGGGCAAACCUGGGAGGGGCUGGGUGCGUCGAAGUAUUCUGUUCUCUGAUGAAUUAUACAGGUGAAAUCUGCCCUAAAACUACGACAGGCGCAGGUGCUAUUCUAAGAGCCUGGAUCCGCCAUAUGCCUAUCUGAAGCAUCUGGAGGAUUAUGGGCUUUGUAUCACUCCAUUCCGAUAGAUGUCGAGUACUCAAUCAAACCGCGAGAAUGUGCGCAAGCUGGAGACGCCUGAAAUGGCGACCGCAGUGCAAGCCGUCCAGGUCAUGAGAAACGAGUUGUGAGGACAAUUGUGAGCACGCGAGAAUUUAAUACGGCCUCCCAUUCCACCUCUCACAACACACAAAUAGCACAGGAUGUAGCGGAGAACUAGUACACACGUCCGGUGGGUCACAAAUUACCCGAAUAGGAACUCUAUGAUACAAUAUUGCAACGGAGCUUCAAUUUCCGAAACACCGGUAGAAUGAUCAUUCAGAGAGGUCGAUUCCUUCCAAAGUAGAAAAAGUAGGGCCAUGUGCCCAUGUGAUUGAUUAGACAUCGGUAGAAUGAUCAUUCAGAGCGGUCGAUUCCUUCCAAAGUAGAGAAAGCAGGGCCAUGUGCCCAUGUGAUUAUUAGAAUUGCUAUUUAUGGCCAAAGCGCUUAUGUGGCAUAAUGAUUUAAAAACAAAUACUCUACAAUUACGAUACCAAGCAUCGGAGGCUGCAGCCGGCUGGGCGAGAUACAAUACAACCACUUUCUGGUUGAUAUCUGUGUGUGAUAUUCCGUGGCCAAUGCUGGAGCCAAUCCAAACAGUGCCUGGCACAGUUGGAUACAAGUACAAGCAUGAACACCCUCUCCCCCCGCGCCCUCCCAAAUGGCUAGCCCAGCAGUAGCGCUACGGAUACAAAGUAGAAGACCGCCUGUAACGGGUACAUUGGGGGACAGGAGGUAACUAUGACGACACCUCGCAUCGGUAUCAGGCUAUGAAGUUGUUCGACUACAAGAUUAGAAUCGGCUGGGAAUGACCGGCCUAGAGCCCUGAUCUCGUCGUUCCGCGGCAGCUCACAACGUCGCAUACAUACGAAGGCGAAACCUCAUGCUUCCAUGCGAACUGUAGCACCAGGGUUGUGUACUGGCCUGAGCCCUUCGCUCCUCGAAUAAAGCUCACGUCUCACAGACACCUAGGUGGAUGACGAUUCCAUACUACGUCUCAAUGUUCGAUCGUUCUAUUUCGUGGCUGUGGCCGCAUUAAUGCUCGUGCAUCGACAAGUAAACAACCCGUGAUUGUAAUGUAUGUAGCUGUUUUGAGUCCAUGGCCGGCAGGGGAGCACAUAUACUUUUCUCAAUUGCCUUUUCUGUGUAGAUAUGGCGGGUACGUACCACACACACAC